AUGGCCGCAAAUUCCGAUACGGUCGCGGAUAUCAAUCUCUUAUCUGAAUUUCUUAGCAACAAUCAACUACAAAAUCUCUCCACUGCAUCCCCAGUCGACUGCAUCGUCAUAUGCGCCUCAGCCGUUCUCCACAGUGCCGAGGUCCUCUUCAAGACUCUCCAACAAAGACCAAAUCUGACCAGGGCUCUAGUACUGUGCGGCGGUAUCGGCCACUCAACCGAGCUCCUUUAUGAUGCAGUAAAAUCUCAUCCAGUCUUUUCGCAAAUCGCCAAUGAGAUCCAAGGUCUCUCUGAAGCCAAAGUUCUCGAACGAAUUCUAGAUGAGUUCUUUGACCGAUCUCUCAUCACCAAGGCAGGAUGUCAGAUCCUCCUUGAACCCAAGUCUACAAAUUGCGGCCAAAAUGCUUCAUUCUCUCGCAAGGUUCUCGAUGAAGCGGGCUUCCAGGCACCAGCCACGUGCAUUAUCAUUCAGGACCCCACGAUGAUGCUCAGGACUAGGGCAUCGUUUGAGAAGGCUUAUGAGGACAUCGAAUCCCCGGUCUCGGUUAUUAGUUGUCCGGUAUUUGUACCGCAGGUGCAAUUGUCCCGUAACAACGUCAUUGAGUAUUCAGACAUAUCGCCGCCGUCAGAGUUGUGGUCACAAAGUCGGUUUCUGGAUCUGAUCAUGGGCGAGAUACCGAGGUUGAGAGAUGAUAAAGAUGGUUAUGGUCCUCAGGGGCGUGGAUUCAUUGCUCAUGUGGAUGUUCCAAGCCACAUUGAGGCAGCUUGGUCUCGACUACAAUUAAUAGCCAAGAGCUCUAGAUAG